AUGGUGGAAGAGGAAGCUCCAGCAUCAGAAGCGUCAGUAACAAUGGCGGACGAAACCCUAGUUCCACUGUCGAGAAACAUGAAAACCGAAGAUACUCAACCUUCAAUAGAGUGUAGUAUCGAAACCGGUACUCAGGGCGGAGCUGAUUCGAGCAACAACAAUGAAAACGGAAAUGCUGAGGAUUCUGCUCUCACUUCCGCUGGAGAGGGGGAGAGGACGCUGGAGUUCGUCGUUGAGUUAGCGGAGAAAGGAUCUAAGGCCCUCAAGGAGAGAGAUUACGCUGAAGCUGUCGAGUGCUUUAGCGCGCACUUGAAAUCAAGUUGGGUUGCACAUUAUGGUGAACUUGCUUUUGAAUGCUUGAAUGCGUACUAUCAGUAUGGGCAAGCACUGCUGUACAAGGCUCAGGAGGAGGCUGAUCCAUUGGGUAAUGUGCCCAAAAAGGAAGGGGAAUCCCAGCUAGAAUCUGAUAAAGAGGGACCUGCUAAGAAUGUUGCAAAUUCUGAAUCUUCUGCUGCUUCUGUUUCAAGUAAAAUUGAGCAAGAUGGAAAUUCAGUUCAGCAGGAAGGAGAAAUUGAUGAUGGUUAG